AUGUCGGGGACCCGAGCCUCCAACGACCGGCCCCCCGGCGCGGGCGGCGUCAAGCGGGGGCGGAUGCAGCAGGAGGCGGCGGCGACCGGCUCCCGCGUGACCGUGGUGCUGGGCGCGCAGUGGGGGGACGAGGGCAAAGGCAAGGUGGUGGACCUGCUGGCCACGGACGCCGACAUCGUCAGCCGCUGCCAGGGGGGCAACAAUGCUGGCCACACGGUGGUGGUGGACGGCAAGGAGUACGACUUCCACCUGCUGCCCAGCGGCAUCAUCAACACCAAGGCCGUGUCCUUCAUUGGCAAUGGCGUGGUCAUCCACUUGCCCGGCUUGUUUGAAGAGGCAGAGAAGAACGAGAAGAAAGGACUGAAGGACUGGGAGAAGAGGCUCAUCAUCUCUGACCGGGCCCACCUGGCCCUCCCACGCCCUCCCAGUGGCCACCUGCCGCAGGCGGGCCCCGCUGAGCUCUGUCCUCUGCUGUCCCUGCGGCCCGCAGUGUUCGACUUCCACCAGGCCGUGGACGGGCUUCAGGAGGUGCAGCGCCAGGCGCAGGAGGGCAAGAACAUCGGCACCACCAAGAAGGGAAUCGGACCAACCUACUCCUCCAAAGCCGCCCGGACGGGCCUCCGCAUCUGUGACCUCCUGUCGGACUUCGAGGAGUUCUCCACCAGAUUCAAGAACCUGGCCCAGCAGCACCAGUCCAUGUUCCCCACCUUGGAAGUAGACGUGGAAGGGCAGCUCAAGAGGCUCAAGGGCUUUGCUGAGCGGAUCAGACCCAUGGUGCGCGACGGUGUGUACUUCAUGUACGAGGCGCUCCACGGCCCCCCCAAGAGGAUCCUGGUAGAAGGCGCCAAUGCAGCCCUCCUGGACAUUGACUUCGGGACCUACCCUUUUGUGACUUCUUCCAACUGCACGGUGGGCGGCGUGUGUACGGGCCUGGGCAUCCCCCCGCAGAACAUAGGCGACGUGUACGGAGUGGUGAAGGCCUACACCACCCGCGUGGGCAUCGGGGCCUUCCCCACCGAGCAGAUCAAUGAAAUCGGAGACCUGCUGCAGAACCGCGGCCACGAAUGGGGGGUGACCACGGGCAGGAAGCGGCGCUGCGGCUGGCUGGACCUGGUGAUCCUCAGAUACGCCCACAUGGUCAACGGGUUCACGGCGCUAGCCUUGACCAAGCUGGACAUCCUGGACGUCCUGGGUGAGAUCAAAGUCGGCGUCUCGUACAAGCUCAAUGGAAAGAGAAUCCCCUACUUCCCAGCUAACCAGGAAAUACUUCAGAAGGUUGAGGUGGAGUACGAAACACUGCCCGGCUGGAAAGCAGACACCACGGGUGCCAGGAAGUGGGAGGACCUGCCCCCCCAGGCCCAGAGCUACGUGCGGUUUGUGGAGAAUCACGUGGGUGUGGCAGUCAAAUGGGUUGGCGUUGGCAAGUCCAGAGAGUCCAUGAUCCAGCUGUUUUAGAUGAGCCGACCUGGGCAGGC